CACAGCGGGUCAAUUGACUUCAUACAAAAGCCUUCGACUUCAACGACGUCGUGCUACUCGACGCCCCCAAAUGCCCUAUUAAUGAAACUGCAAUGUCUACAGACCUGCCCUCACAUCUCCAUUCUUUCUCCCCAAUAUCUACAACACCUGGCCUCAACCAUGUCCAACAUCAUCCCCAUCGACCUCCUCGCACUCUCCACAAACCUCAACUACCUCUCUUCCUUCCCCGCUCUCAACACCGCCGAACCUGCCGUCUCUCUUCUUGCAUACAAUACCACCUUCGCCACCAACGUCCUAGGAGAAAACGCGAAAGCACGGCAGUUGUAUGACUUACCAUGGCAAGCCUUCCACGAAAUGGGAACCUACCAUAAAGCCACAAACUCAAUUUACAUCACAUCUAACUGGAACGGCUCACUGGAGAACCCAAUCAAUGUCACUGUGCUCAGUCUAGAGGAUUACGCGCUAAGUUCUACUCAUUACCCGAAUCUGUACGAAGCGAAUGGGGGAACGGGAUACUAUCCCCCUGGCUCGAGUAAUGAUAGUACGCCGCCGAAGUUACUAUUCUGCGACCAGGGGGACUUUGAGCACCCGUCCGGCCUCGUGGCGGUGGAUCCAGCCACGAACACGUCAGAGGUCAUCCUGAACAACUCGCUCGGCCGGAAUUUCUCGUCGUUGAACGAUGUGCGCCAGCAUCCCAAGACGGGCGAUCUAUGGUUUACGGACGCGGAUUACGGGUUCUUCCAAUCGUUUAGACCGGCGCCUGCGGUUCCGAAGCAGGUGUAUCGCUUCGAGCCAUCUACAGGCGUGAUUCAAGUAGUGGCGGAUGGCUUCGAUCAACCGAAUGGGCUGGAGUUCUCCCCGGAUUUGCAGACGCUGUAUGUCACGGAUACGGGUGCGCAGCACGUUACGCAGAACCUUACGCGCCCGGCAACGAUCUAUGCGUUUGAUGUUGUCGACAAGGUCAGGCUUGGGAAUCGGAGGACGUUUGCGUAUCCGGAUAAUGGGUUCCCGGAUGGUAUACAUGCUGAGACUGAUGGUAACGUAUGGGCGAACUGUGGAGAUGGGGUUCAUGUUUGGAGUCCGCAGGGGAUCCUUCUUGGGAAGAUCUUCGUAGGGGCACAGAGUAAUAACAUGGCGUUUAUUCCGGGUGGGGUGCUGGUGUUUAGUAAUUCGCAGCUUUGGAUUGUUGAGAAUAUCAAAGCGGAAGGGAGGGAAAUAUGUCGGGAUUUUGGAGCUUGUUGAUUUGGGCUAGUGACAGGUACAAUUUUUCAGCACUUAGGUACUCUGUACAAGUAGUAUGCCAGGCCAGCUUCAACACCCCAGUCCGAAAGCUACCCGACCCCUCUGCUUACGCAAUCUCUUGCC